AUGUGGCCGGCCUCACAUGUUGGGUCUCUGGUUCCCCACAAUAAAGGCGCCACCCCGAGACCUUACAGCCAUCCCCGAGACCUUACAGCCACCCCCGAGACCUUACAGCCACCCCCGAGACCUUACAGCCACCCCCGGACCUUACAGCCACCCCCGAGACCUUACAGCCACCCCCGAGACCUUACAGCCACCCCCAGACCACAGCCACCCCGAGACCUUACAGCCACCCCCGAGACCUUACAGCCACCCCCGGGACCUUACAGCCACCCCCCGAGACCUUACAGCCACCCCCGGACCUUACAGCCACCCCCGAGACCUUACAGCCACCCCGGACCUUACAGCCACCCCGGACCACAGCCACCCCGGACCUUACAGCCACCCCGAGACCUUACAGCCACCCCCGGGGACCUUACAGCCACCCCGAGACCUUACAGCCACCCCGAGACCUUACAGCCACCCCGAGACCACAGCCACCCCGGGACAGCCACCCGAGACCUUACAGCCACCCCCGAGACCUUACAGCCACCCCGAGACCUUACAGCCACCCCGGACCUUACAGCCACCCCCGGACCUUACAGCCACCCCCGGGGACCUGGCCACCCCCGAGACCUUGACCCCGAGACCUUACAGCCACCCCCGGAGACCUUACAGCCACCCCGAGACCUUACAGCCACCCCCGGGACCUUACAAUACCCCGGGACCUCAUCCACCCCCGAGACCUUACAGCCACCCCCCGAGACCUUACAGCCACCCCCAGACCCCAGACCACAGCCACCCCCGGACCUUACAGCCACCCCGAGACCUUACAGCCACCCCCCGGGGACCUGCCACCCCGGGACGCCUCCCCGAGACCUUACAGCCACCCGGACCUUACAGCCACCCCGGGGACCUUACAGCCACCCCCGGGACCUUACAGCCACCCCGAGACCUUACAGCCACCCCGAGGACCCACAUACAGCCGAGACCCUACAGCCACGGGGACCUUACAGCCACCCCGAGACCUUACAGCCACCCCCGGACCUUACAGCCACCCCCGAGACCUUACAGCCACCCCGGGACAGCCACCCCGGACCUUACAGCCACCCCGGGACAGCCACCCCCGGACCUUACAGCCACCCCCUGAGACCUAUAGCCACCGAGACUCUACAGCCACCCCCUGAGACCCAUAGCCACCCCCUGAGACUCCAUAGCCACCCCCCGAGACCUACAGCCACCCCUGAGACCUAUAGCCACCCCCUGAGACCUUAUACAUCGAGACCCAGCCACCCCCCGAGACCUAUAGCCACCCCCCGAGACCUUACAGCCAUCCCCGAGACCUUACAGCCAUCCCCUGAGACCUUACAGCCAUCCCCGAGACCUACAGCCACCCCCCGAGACCUUACCAGCCACCCCCGAGACCUUACAGCCACCCCCGAGACCUACAGCCACCCCUGA